AUGAUUCUGAGGCCUUCGAUUUUCCUCCUUUUCUUUACAACAUGCCUAAUUUUUGCUGCACGAAUCGAUUUACAAAAUACUGGAGGUGACGAUUCAGAAGAGGAAGAACUCGAUGAGCAACUUACUGAUAAGAAAUCAAAAUCGAUGUAUGAGUUUUUAUAUAAGAGACUGAAUCAAGAAGUGGUUCCAAAAAAGAAAUUAGCUCCAGCUGUUUAUACAAUUCCUGGACCCCAAGAACCUCUACCCGGACGUUCGCAUCCUGGAGACUACUGGCCAGUGUUCCCAUUUCAAAAUCAGUAUUCUGGAGGUCUUGAUCUAGAUCCUUCGAUUUCUCGUCACAUCGGAGGGGAUUUGAAUAUUGCUGUUCCAUCAUGGGGCGUUCUAGAUAUUUAUGGACGCUUCUUCAACAGAAUUCAUGAUACCACUUCUAAAUUUGGAUACGUUAAUCAUCCAGUUAACAUGUUAGAUUUGGAGAAGGAAGACUUUGUGAAAUUGAUGAGUGAUCCUGCUGUGCAUGCUAAUAGAAGUGAGUCGAAUUUUUUUCUCGGAGAUAAAAAUGUUAUUACAGUGGCACAUCCAACUCUUCCACUUGGAAAGUUUGCAAAGACUUAUGUUCCAUUGAACUGCAAACCGCCACUGUGUAAUCCAUACCAGAUGAACUUUGGACUUGGUAUCGAACACGAUUGGGGAGGCUCCGAUGGAGUCGAAGGAGAUAUCGAUGUUCCUAUUCCGAUUUCUAAAGGAAUGGCGUACAGAAUGCCAUUCGGAGGAAAAGUGUAUUACAACCGCGAAAACGUCACUGUUACGUAUGGUCAGAAUUUGGGUCCGAUCGAGCCUUUCUCCAGUCUUUUUGACUAUCAAAAACACAGAGAUCCUGCUUUGGCAAUCCCGAGGCGGUGGACGAGAAGUAUUCGAGAACCUGUCGAGAUGCAGAGACCGAUGACGAAUACAAGAAAGGAAAUGACGAUGCCUGAAAUGGCUUAUAUGCUUCAAAUGGAAGAUUUUGCUCACAAUCAGUAUGAAUUUAUGCAAAAAGUGCCGGAAUACUGGCUACAGCCACCUCCGAUCUACGAUGCUAGGCAAUUUUAUCCCACAAUGAUGGUCCCUCAGGUGAUUGGAGAAGGAAGACAUGGACCCAUUAUAAGGCGAAGAAAAUACAGAUUAAUACCAAAUUACCCCUAUGUUUAUAUGUAA